AUGGCUCCCCAAAAAGACCAUCAACACAUCCUCAUCCUCGGCGCCGGCGUAAUCGGUCUAACAACCUCACUCGUCCUAUCACACACGUACCCCACCGCCAAGAUAACCGUAGUAGCAAAGCACUUCCCCGGAGACCGCUCCAUAGAAUACACCUCUCCCUGGGCGGGCGCCAACUGGUCCUCCAUGGCCCACGACAACGGACCGCUGGAGAAAUACGACGAGGUUACCUUCCACCGAUUCGGCGAGCUCAUCGACGGGAAGAGCGUGUUUGGUUGCCAGACUCUGAAGGCUGGUGAGACGGAAGGUGUUGAUGGGGUUAAUGGAGGGGGCAAUGAAGCCGGGCUGGGGAGAAUGGGUAUGUGGGCUGCGUUUGAUGAGCCGAUUGAAGAGGCGGGUGUUUUGACUGAGGAGACGGGGAAGGUGUGGUAUGAUGAGUUGGUCGGGGGUUUGAGGAAGUUGGGUGGAAGUGAGUUGCCCAAGGGAGCUAACUUUGGGUUCGAGUUCCCAAGUACGUUCAGGAUCAACACCCAGGUUUAUCUGCAGUGGUAUGUUAUCCUCAUCAUCUUUCCCUCAACGCAGACCUCUAGGUAA